AUGAAAGCGUCCAUAAUUAAACAUUGGGAUCAGGAAUUCAACAUUUGUGUGCCAUUAAUAGAUAUUAGGUAUUGUUGUGUGAUUCUUGAUAUAAGUGCGACAAAUUUUUUGUAUCCCCAUAGUACUGGGAUUAGUCGACUAGGCUCUGCCAAUGCGGAAGCUGAUAGUUUCGGUUGCUUUGUUCGACUAUUGAGUGAUUCAGUGGAUCACUUUUGCCAACAGCUGGACAAUAAUAGCUCUGUAGGAAUCCACUCGACCCUAUCAAGACUCCAAGAGAUGCUAAAAGUCAAUGAUGAAGAGCUCUGGCAGCAUCUUGAAUUUACGACCAAGGUUAAUCCACAAUUUUAUGCAUUCAGAUGGAUCACACUGCUAUUGACUCAGGAAUUUCAAUUCAAUACCAUUUUGAGAAUAUGGGACUCACUUUUAAGUCAUCCUUCCGGUGUUCAGGACAUGCUUCUGCGCGUAUGUUGUGCAAUGCUUAUACACAUAAAGAGUACAUUGCUAAAUGGAGAUUUUGCAGCCAACUUAUAUCUUCUACAACACUAUCCCAAAGUUGACAUCGAACUUCUUCUUCAGGAAGCACAAGACAUCAUUCCUGACACCUCUACCCACCGUGUUUCUGUAGAUUAA